AUGAGAACGACACGGAUUAUCCAAGCAUUGACCACUCUAUUCAUCCCGGCAAUUCUUGCCGGCCCCAUCAAUCAUGCAUAUAUACGACGUAACGAAUUUUGCCUCGCAAACGAUUGCUAUCGGGCACUCACGUACGAUGUCUUUGUAGCCUCCAGAACUUGCUCCGAAGUCCUAGCCAGUGCCACUCCUACGGUAACAAUAACUCAAUACGAUUUCGCAGCAACUCAGACCAACGUCAAGACAGUGUAUGCUGCUACGACUACUAUCACGGUUGCUCCAUCAAAUAGUCAAAGUCAACCACGAUUGGCGAAGCGUAAAAAUGAAAUAAUUCAAGCAGCAUGCGGUGGUGCGGCAUCACCCGAAUUUACUGGCGCAUGUAAUUGCCUAGUCGGCAUCGGUAUCUUUAACGUAUCCGCGCCUGCUCCAAUCACGACUACUGUUCAUAUCACAAUCGAUGAUGCCAUCAAGCUAGUGGCUAGUACAACAACCGCUACCGACACCCUCACAGUCACGCAAACAUGUUCUCCAACCGGGAAUGCAAUUGUCAAUGAAGACUUCCAUACCCGACAACUUCCUCCUUGGUAUAUCGCUCCACCGGGUCCGGGAAGUGAAGCUGGAAGUUUUAGCAUCGUCGAGGACCUUACUCUUCCAAAUGAGUGGCCACACCGAGUUUUCAAUGCUUCGGUCUUCAAAACUACGGGAUUAUCUCAGUACUCCAAAGUUAAUAUCGCACAGAACUUGAAAACUUGUCCUGGUGUUGAUUAUAAUCUCUCAUUUUCUUACCGAUUUGAGGGUAAUGCUGGGCGGGGAAGUUAUCUAGUGACAUUUAUUGGUGGUAUGAAAGUCACUGAUAUUAAUAACGGACCGUCUACAUGGACUCGAGUUGGUCCUAUUCCGUUCAGAGCGACCUCGUUUACAACAGAGCUCCGGGUGGACCUCGUGAACGCAUUUUUCACACCGGAAAACCUGUAUCUCGGUUUGUUCGAUCUUAGUCCCGCCUAA